AUGUGUAAAUGUCGCAUUAGUAAAGUUAAAGUCUUGUUGUUCCUGGUCUAUGGUAUUAGUCAUCCAAGCGUAAAAGACAAAACCUACACCAUAGGAGGUUUCCCUCUGGAUUGCAGAGUUAUUUGUGUACAAAAAGUGGUGUUUGUCGGAGAAACCGGCAGUAGCUACAGCUUAAUUUGUAAAGACGAUAGUAGUGAUUCACUU